UGUGGUACGGCCCGUUGCCAUGGUAGCGGCGUCGCGGAGAGCCGGGGGGAGAGGAAGGAUGGCGGCGCUCGCCCGGCUGCGGGCGAGGCUGGCGGGGCUGCGGGAGGAAUGUUUCCGUAGGAGCAGAUCUGAAGAUGAAGACAGAAAGAGCAAGUACAAAGCUGCUGUCAGAAUCCAGAGCUGGUUUCGAGGAUGCAGAGUCCGAGCCUAUCUAAGACAGCAUAUUUUAUUAUGAAGAUGAAUUUCUACAAUGAAAUGGCUGUCAGGAUUCAGAAAAGAUGGAGAGGCUAUUAUGUUCGGAAAUAUAUCCAUAAUUAUUACGCACUGAAGAAAUACCUGGAAGCCAUUUCUGUAAAUAACGAGACCGUCAGGAGCGAACUGCAAAAGUAUGCAGAAAUGAAGGAAAAUGAAGAGAAAAGGAAAGACCUAGAAAAGAAAGAAAAGGAAAAGAAAUACCAAGCCAGAAAGAUGCAUUACCUCCUUAGCACUGAGCAGAUUGCAGGCAUCUACAACUCACCGUUCAGAAAAUUCCCAGAUCCAAUGGAACUGCUGCUACGGGAGUCAAAGCCAUUGAGCCACAGAAGACAGGAAAUUAGGAGUCCCUUUGGCUCUGAGCUCUAUGACUGGCCAACUUGUAAAAGGCCUCCAACGUUCUCCACAGUACAGCCUCUGCUGGCUAUUGGCAGACAGAAACCUCAGGGGCCUUUCCGUGAUACUGCUGAAGUAUUGCAGCAGCGCUACAAGCCUUUGGAACCAACCUUGCGAGUGGCCGCAUCGAUCAAUUCCCCACUAGAGAAGGCCAGAGAGGAAAUAAAAAGAGAGGAAUGGAGAAACCGUAUACAUGACAAUGAAUUUCUGCCAUUUUCUUCAUUUCAUAAAAAUGAAAAGUAUGAACCAUCAAUUCAUACGUCAGGUAAAUAUGUCCAAGAAACUUAUGGAGUCAAACACUUCCGUGAAGCACAUCCAAAGAAGUGGGUAGCAGGCAAGGACUUUAAAACAGUGUUACCAUCGAUUGUUCUCUUUGAGAAGUUUGGAAAAACUUAUUCUAGAACCGGACAAAUAGUAUAAUCGUCCUAUAAACUACAUGAUAUAACACACCUGAUAAGUAAUCAAUAAAUGCAUUUCAUCAAAUGCACCACAGUAUGCUGACUGAAUUUUCCAUAAAGUACCCUUUCUGUAGAGUGAUGUGUGCUAUGUCUGAAGUGGUGUUAUUUGAUUUUCCUUGAUAUUUAAGCAAUAUAGCUUCCAAUAUUAAUUACACCCCUUCCCCUGCAGUUUUGCAAUUUUGGAAAAAAAAAGAAAAGCAAAAAUUACUUCUAAAAAUAUUGUAUUUUAUUUAAUGUGAAUACUUCAGGGUACAAAACCAGCAUACUCUAGUAAAAGACUUAAGACUUGGAAUUACAUUGUGUUUAUUACAGAUCUGUAAGUGAGAAAAAAAGAUUUUGAAAGUUACAUCUGUUGUUUCCUUUACUCAACUACAAAUGUAUCUGAUUCAUGACUGUUGUUCAUAAUUUUCUGUGUUAGUAUACAUCCUUUUGGGAUGCUGAUCCAUAUUUUAAAUUCUUUUAACUCUUCUGUGCCUGAUAAAGCAUCAGUGUUGAAAAAAUAAAGUUCUAAAAACAUACGCACUUUAUUAUUAGAUCAAUUUUUCUAUAUCUAUUUAAUUUUCUUUACCAAUUGCUGUGCAUUUACUCCUAGUCCCAUAUUGAGCAGACUGAUAUGGAGGAACAUAAUCACGUGAUGCUUGUCAAAGAAGAGCACAUUUGAUCACACAAACCUGACACUUGUUUGCUAUAUUCACCUGCACCCAAUCCUGCAAAAUAUUGAGUAUCUUCAGAGCUUGUUAACUUCAAAAGAGUCAAAGAAUUCAGCAUCAUAGGAACACUUAAGCAUUUCUUAAAUGAACUAGUUCUUUAAAAUUUUGUGUAUUUUUACAAGAAUUUUAUGCUGAAUUCUCUAGGAUACCCUUGUUGCUUUUCAUAUAAUUUGACUAUACCUGAAUCAAAUAUAUCUGAUUAGAAUAUUUAAAUCAUUUACUAAAAGUAGGCUUUUUUAUUACUGAAUUUUGUCCUCUGAAUUUUGAUUCUUUUGUCCUUUACAAAUGUGCAGAAAACCUCCAUCAGAUGCCUGUUUCUAUGAAUGUUCUUGGAACUAGGAGUAACAAAUUUCACUCCUGCGGGUUUUCAGGUGUCAGCCUACGUGAAGAAGUUUUAGUGCUGUCACACACAAGAAUAAAAGCAAUUUCAGUUCCAUUACAGUAGGUUAGGAGUGCAGGCACUGAGCUGUGGUGUUGCUACUUUUUGGAGUUAGUAAUUUUCAGGCUUUGAAAAGUUUAUUCUGAUGCAUGCGAAUGAGAAAUUUAUUCUGGGAAGUGAGAAGCAGCAUCUCAGUCAGUGGCUAAGUCUCCCCAAUAAGAGUUAAUCUGAUCGAAUGUAUCAGAGUACUUUAGUUGCUCAUGGAAGGCAUUGAACAUGAGACAGUUGUGCAAAACUGUUGAUGAAUAAAGAUGCCACAGUCAUUUUUAUAUGUGAGAGCUAUCUAUUUAAUAGCUUCAGCUUUAAGGUAGUUCAUCACAGUAAUUCACCCUGUGUUGCCUUUUUAACUUCGUACCACAGUUUCCCAUCAGUCCGAUUAGAAAUGGCAGUGCCUUUAUCAGAUUAAUCUUUCUUUCUCUUUCUUCCUUUCAGUAUCUCUGACCUCGGGACAAAACAAAGCCUACUAUGCAGAUCAGCACUGCACUGGCGGCUGUGCUCAUAGCUAAGGGUCUGGAGCACAGAUAGAGGUUAAACUCAGCACUUCUAUUUUUAAUUGUCUGAUAUACACACCUCCUGAGACCCCCCCCCCCCCACUUUUUAGUUUCUAAGCAGCUAGCUGCUUCCUAGAGAGUUUCUUAUACAAAAUAAGGUCUGUUCAAUUUGUUAGAGAAAUAAACAUCCACAAAAUUAAUAAAGUAGCAAACACAUCUGACAGGCUUGGAGGGGGGGCGGGGAGGUUGCCAGUAGUAUUUCAUAGGUAAUCUUAAUACUUUUCUUUAACUGUCCUUUGUGGACAUAUAACAUCCAAAAUAUUUUGUGUGGCCACACUAUAAUCCCAGAAUCCUUUCAUGGCUCAUUCAGCACUUAUUCAGUACAUUUAUACGAACUAUCUAAUGAUUAUUCUACUGAGAUCUCUACCAAUUCUUCCAUUAUGAAAAAAAACUUUUAAUUAUUAUUACUCUGUUAAACUGCAUAUAAACACAUGCAGAGACUUAACAGAGAAUCAACUUGAAGAUAUUUUUAAAUAUAAAAGCACGCCAAUCUAUUAAAUUUUAUAUGGGUCUUGCCUGUUUUUUUAGUUCCAGUUCCCAUUCAGAUGAUGCACAGUCCAGGAACCUUUGCUAGCGUGGACUAAAGAAUGUAGCCCUACCUUAUUUCUACAUAUGGAUGAGGCUGAUAGCAAAAACUCCCAAUAUUUAAAAGAACAGCUAGUAAUAAUCUAAGAACUCAGUCUUGACAUACCUUUAGCGUGUUGGACUUCCUUGAUUACAAAAGAAGAUUAGAAUAUGUAAUAAAGUACAAGGGACAUCAGUAGGUUUUUAUUGUGUGGAGGAAUUGGAAAUCACAAAUGAUUCAAAAAAUAAUUUGGAAUUGAGUACUAGGAACUCUGCAGUAUAUAGGAAAGGAGACAAAAGAUAAAUUUUAGUCCUAGGAUAGACUACCAUUUCCAUUUGGUAACACUCUGUGGUAAGCAAGUGCUGUGUCUGUCGGGCAAAGAAAGUUUUGCUUUUCUUUCUUGUUUAAAUCAAAAUGUUUGCAUGUAGGAAACUUACAGUUUUUAUGUAAAGCCGGUUAAAGCUAUGGUUUUGAUCUUUUUAUUCACUACAAUAAUAUAAAGAACACGACAGUAAUCAUUUUGAUGGUGUCAUUAUGUAACUAGUAUAUCAAUAUAAACACUAAGUGAUUGUGUAAGUGAUUUUACUUUACUCCUGUUUAUCUUUCAUAUUGAUAUUUACCAUAUCACUUUUAAUUAUCAAAUUACUUUUAA